GUUUGUUGGAAAAACAUUUGUUGGUAAAAAUGGGUACGGUUUUGAUCAAUUUAAGUUAUACUAGUGUGGAUGACAAAAAUCCGACAUGGUGGAAAAGGAGGACGAGCAUGGAAAGAUGUUUGACGUUAACGACGGCCGUCGUGUUUAUUAUAGGAAUCUCAUUAAUUAUAGCUUUAGCCACAGUUUUAUAUAAUAGAAAUAAAGCGGUAACAAAUACACAAUUAUUCACCGCCGAAGCUUUGCAAGGACAAAGAACGUUUGUUAUAAAUGCACCAGAUGACGCAAAAUCGCAACAGAAUAUUUGUUUGACUCCAGGAUGUAUCCAUACUGCUUCAAGAGUGUUGGAAUAUAUGGACCAAUCAGUUGACCCUUGCGACGACUUUUACGAAUUCACUUGCGGCAAUUUCAUUAAAAAAACAAACAUUCCAGAUGAUAAAUCUUCAGUAACUUCUUUCAGUAUUAUCAGUGAUAUGUUACAAGAACAGCUAAGAUCCAUGAUUGAAGAGCCGAUCCAACCGAAUGAACCUAAACCGUUCCAGCUUACAAAAAAAUUGUACAGGGCUUGCAUGAAUAAAACUUUAAUUGAAGCCGAUGGAUUGACUUCAAUGCACAAAAUCCUCAAAGAACUCGGAGGCUGGCCAGUAUUGGAAGCAGAAAACUGGAACGAAGGAGAAUUCGAUUGGAGAAAUUCGGUUUACAAAUUCAGAAAAGUUGGUUACAGCGUCGAUUAUUUUAUAGAUUUUUCCGUUGGAAUUGACGUGAAAAACUCAACCAAAAGAAUCAUAGACCUUGAUCAAGGCUCCUUAGGUUUGAGAAGAGAAUUUUUAAUCAAAGGCCUAGAAGACAAACUAGUAAAGGCUUACUACGAUUACAUGGUAGACAUUGCAGUCCUUUUCGGAGCAGAAAAAAGCAGAGCUGCCAAGGAAUUGAAAGAAUCUCUCGAAUUCGAAAUGAAAUUGGCCAACAUCUCUCUCCCAAGCGAAAAACGCAGAAACGCCUCAACCCUCUACAACCCAAUGACCAUAAGCGAGCUACAAGACAAAUUCCCGAGCAUUCCAUGGCUCCAAUACAUCAACAACUUACUAGCACCAGAUACUCAAGUUAGAAUUGAUGAGAUGGUUGUCGUCAGUGUUCCAAAAUACAUGUCGGACUUUGAAGCCCUGAUUGCAAGAACCCCCAAAAGAGUACAAGCCAAUUACGUGAUGUGGCGAGCUGCUGCUUCUUCGGUUUCGUAUCUUAACGAGGAUUUGAGAAAGAGACAGUUGGAUUACACUACAAUUGUUACGGGAAGAACGGAGAGAGAAGCCAGAUGGAAGGAAUGUAUUGAUGUAUCUGCUGGAAGUAUGUCCAUUGCUGCUGGUGCCCUCUACGUCCGCAAGUACUUCAACGAAGAAGCGAGACAAAACGCAAAAGAAAUGGUGGCCGACAUCCGAUUCGAAUUCGAAGACAUUUUGAAAAAAGUCGACUGGAUGGACGAGAAAACCCGACAAAACGCUUUGGAUAAAGCCAAAUCCAUGUCCACCCAUAUCGCUUAUCCGGACGAGAUGCUGGACGACAAUAAACUCAUUGAGUUUUACGGAGACCUUGAGCUUGAUGAAAAUAAAUAUUUGCCAUCAAUUUUGAAUUUAACCCUGUUUGGAACAAGAUUCUCAUUCAAAAGACUUCGAUCUCCUGUUAACAAAACAGACUGGAUAACGCAUGGAAGGCCUGCAGUUGUCAAUGCUUUCUAUUCUUCAAUUGAAAACAGUAUUCAAUUUCCUGCUGGUAUUCUCCAAGGAGUUUUCUUCAGUGCCGAUCGUCCCAGAUACAUGAAUUACGGAGCAAUCGGUUUCGUAAUCGGACACGAAAUCACUCACGGAUUCGACGAUCAAGGCAGACAGUUCGACAAAGACGGCAAUUUGGUCGAUUGGUGGCAACCGGAAACCAAAAGUGCUUUUGUAGAAAAAGCUCAAUGCAUUAUCGACCAAUACGGAAACUAUAGCGUGCCCGAAUUGAAUUUGAACCUCAACGGAGUAAACACCCAAGGUGAAAACAUAGCCGACAACGGAGGAUUAAAAGAAGCCUACCUUGCCUACCAAAAAUGGUCGCACAAAAACGGGUACGAAGCCAUGCUUCCAGGCCUGAUGUACAACCCCAACCAAAUGUUCUGGAUAUCGGCAGCGAACACUUGGUGCUCAAAAUACAGACCGGAAUCUUUGAGGCUCAGAAUUUUGACCGGCUACCAUUCGCCUGGACACUUUAGAGUACUUGGACCGAUGAGCAAUUCUGACUAUUUCUGGAAGGAUUUCAAUUGUCCAGUCGGUAGCAAGAUGAAUCCGGAAAAGAAAUGUAAUGCCUGGUAAAUUUCAUUCGAUAUAAAACGAAUAAUGCUUUUUAUCGGUUAUAAAUAAUUUUUAUUACAAAAAUUGUGUUUUAUUUAUAUAGGCCUCCUUUGCAAUACUACUCAAAUUCUCUGCCAUAGAUUUGCCAGUUUGCUGCACCAACUCGUAAAAAUUUGCUUUAUUUUGCAACAACUCGUGCGGAUGUCCAAACUCUACCACUCUACCGGCAUCCAUUACCAAAACCUUAUCGGAAUCCAUUAUGGUAUGCAGUCUAUGGGCUAUCGUCAGGACUGUGAAAUUUGAAAACUUACUUCUAAUGGUUUUUUGAAUUAAAACAUCAGUUUGUGGAUCUACAUUAGCUGUGGCCUCAUCCAGGACUAAAAUUUUGCUUUUUCUUAUGAUAGCACGCGCCAAACAAAUCAAUUGCCUUUGGCCUACGCUGAAAUUCGAGCCGCCUUCCGAUAUGCGGCUUUCUAAGUUUGAAAUUGCUGAUUUUAAUUCAACUUCUUCGAGUGCACUCCAUAUUGCCUGAAAUUCAUUAAAAAUUACAGCAAUCUUUUUGGAGAAACAUCAACAUUUACCUUAUCAGUAUACUCAUCAAAUGGAUCCAAAUUCUUCCUUAAAGUUCCACUAAACAAUACCGGCUCUUGCGGUAUAAUAGAUAUGCUAGAUCUUAACUUGGUAAAGCUCACUUUACUAAUAUCAACAUUAUCGAUAAUGAUUCUACCUUCAUUAAUCGCCAAUCGAAACAAAGCCAUGAUAAUGGAAGACUUGCCAGCUCCAGUCCUACCAACUAUACCAACUUUUUCCGUACUUUUAACUUCAAACGAGAGAUUUUUCAAGACAUAAUCUUCACCAUUGGCAUAGGCAAGGCUCAAAUUGUCGAAUCUAACGUUGCCUUCUUGGGGCCAAGAUUUCGGUGGGUUUUUAGUGACGGUGUCUCGUUCGGGUACCACGUCUGCGUACUCUUUGAUUCGUUCUACGCAAGUCAUGGUGUUUUCUAAUUCGCACCAUUGACGCAUACCCCAUUGGAACAUUCCGCUCAGGUUCACCGCUUGGGUUAUUGCCAAGCCGACGCUACCACCGAAAAU